AUGAUGAAUCCCGCCGACGAGGGACAAAACCUAGCGGACCAACCAGAAUUACGACCUUCGGAUGAUUAUGAAUCUUCUUCGUCUUCGGACGAUGACUACGAAAAGCCGCCAAUCCCUAUCAUGCAAUUUGAAACGAAGGCUUCAAAGGCAACUUUGAAGAUGGAAGGUCGGAGCUCCAGCUUUGUGACUAAGGGCGACGAGAAGAAGCGGCCACCUCAAAUUGACAUGGACGCCGUUCGACGAGCGGAAGCCAGAGGAAGUCUAACAAGCCUGCCUGAUCUAAUUCGUCGUGCUACGAAACUAGCAUCAAACCUUGACCGUGGAAAGACGGCGAGUAGGCUAGGGAUAUCUGAUUUUUUAAGUGCGGGUGAUGAUUACAGAGCCCGGAAUUCCGGUUCCAUAUCCGAUAUAUUGGCUUCAUUCCCACCACCUGUCAUUGCCCAUCCAGCUGGUAAUGACCGGUGGCCUGGCCCAUUUGCCAAUACCGACCCUAAGUCUCUCUCGAAGGUUGAAAAAGGACCAGAGAAAGGCGUGCGGCGGUGCUGUGGUUUGCCCCUCUGGGCAGUUAUUCUAAUCAGUAUUGUCGCGCUCGCGCUCAUUUCGACAGCGGUUGUAGUCCCUGUCACGCUGAUUGUUCUUCCUCGAGCUUCCCAACCAUCCUCUGCAUCUCUCUCUGAACAUUGCGAAGCAACAGACCCUUGCAAGAACGGAGGUAUCAGCGUUGGAAAUCCAAGCUCAUGCGGAUGUGUUUGCGUUAAUGGGUUCGGUGGGGACAGAUGCGCCAUUGCAGGAGAUAACAGCUGUGCGACGAUCAAUGUUUCGAACGAUUCUUCUAGCUUCCAAAAUGCGACAUUGGGCGCUGCUCUCCUACGAUUGUUCGAGGACUCCCAAGCAAAUUUUAGCAUUCCACUUGACAUACCAAAAAUCCUCCGCCUCUUCAACGACGAGAGUAUGUCUUGCACCAGCCAGAACGCGCUUGUGACCUUUAAUGGAGCUAGUCGAAAACGAGAUGGACAAGCAAUUCGCAAACCUAAUGCUAUCAAGGGAAGCACCGCAACUCGCAAAUCGAUCCACCAUCGCAAUACCCACACACGCGCCCUUCUUGAGAGAAGACCACGGAGUCCCGAUGUUGCGAGCCCAACCAGAUCUUCAAUGCCAUGGUCCGCUCCAACAAAUUCUCCCUCCAUACCGCCACUGUCUGCCAAAUUACUAGACUUCUCCCGAAUUGCUGUCCUCUUCAUAUUCGGGGAGACUGAAGAUUUAGCCGAUGCAGUCAACGCACAUGAUUCGAUCCAAUCCUUCUUCCGAGACCCUUCAGGAGAGUCAGAUAAACGAAAGGGUUGGUCAGUCGGCGUGAAUUGCACAACCCAUGAUUUCACUCUUGACUUUGUUAGAUUUACGAUCGGAUUGGAUAAUGGCACGAUUGUUGGGAGGGCGUAA